AUGGGGCUUCCACCCACCCCCAAACUCUUCCAAGUGAGAGAUUCUGAAACACCACCAGGUUUUGGUAAUUAGGGACUCUCCCAGUCCACUGUAUUUGGUGCACGAUUCGUGAGGGCCCCGCCCCCACCUCUGGGCCCCGCCCCAGCACCACCCCUUGCCCUCUUCCUCCCCCAGAUCUCCUCUCACCUCCCCUCCCUCGGUGGCUCCGUUAGGCCUCGCCCAGCUCCGCCUUUCCCAGUACCUCCCCCGCGUCCCAAGAUGGCUACGGUGCCGCCGGGCCCGGAGCCGUGGAACCGCGUAAAGAUCCCGAAGGCGGGGAGCCACAGCACAGUGACAGUACAGGACCCCGAUGCGGCGCUGGACCUUUGUGUUGCAGCUGUAAUUCGAGAAUGUGGUCUUGUUACACUGUCACUGAAGAGCGAAAUCCUGGAUGCAGAAACAGAUGUGCUAUGUGCAGUCCUUUACAGCAAUCACUACAGGAUGGGCCACCACAAGCCCCAUUUAGCCCUCAAACAGGUUGAACAAUGUUUAAAACGUUUGAAAAACAUGGAUUUGGAGGGUUCAAUUCAACAUCUGUCUGAGUUGUUUUCUUCCAAUGAAAAUCAUCGUGUAACUACCGAAGCAUAUGUCAUCCCUAGCCAACCAGUGGUUGAAUUGGUGCUCAUGAAGAUUUUGGGAGCCUGCAAGUUGUUACUUCGCCUCUUGGACUGUUGCUGCAAGACAUUUCUCUUGACUGUGAAACAUCUAGGUUUACAAGAAUUCAUUAUUUUAAACCUUGUGAUGGUUGGGCUGGCGAGCAGGUUAUGGGUUCUCUAUAAAGGUGUUUUAAAAAGGCUGACUUCUUUAUAUGAGCCAUUGUUUGGAUUGCUUCAUGAAGUCUCUAGGAUUCAACCACUGCCUUACUUCAAAGAUUUUACCUUUCCUUCUGAUAUUGCCGAAUUUUUAGGACAGCCCUAUUUUGAGGUCUUUAAGAAAAAAAUGCCCACAGCUUUUGCAGCUAAAGGAGUAACUAAAUUGUUAAAUAAACUGUUUUUAACAAAAAAUCAAUCACCAAGGUCUAGCAAAGAAACUGUACACAGAAUUUCCAAAAAAGCUAAGCAAAUGAAGAUCAAUAUACAGAAUAAUGUGGAUCUUGGACAGCCAGUAAAGAGUAAGAAAAUCUUCAAAGAGAAGUCGUCAGAAUUUGAUUUGAGAGCUUUCUGCAAACAGCUGAAGCACAAGGCUAUUCAGGAGACCAGAGUUAAAUGUUCUCAGUCCAAACUAAAGGCAACCAAACAUUCUUCUCAGAGAGCAUCAGGAACUCCCUGUGCCAAAAGUUUUGUGCAAAGAUUUCGAGGGGCUAAGACUUUCACUCAACUUUCUGAAGAAAUCCAAAUGGCAAUUUUGUGGUGCAGGAGCAAAAAACUCAAGGCUCAGGCCUCCUUUCUGGGUAACAAACUUCUUAAAAGUAACCGGCUUAAACAUGUGGAAGCUCAAGGCCAUAGUUUACCAAAGAAACUAAAGUGCAUAAAAGCAUCUAUUUGCAACUGCCUUCUUCGUGGCUCAGGAAUCAAGACUUCAAAGCAUCGUUUGAGACAAAGAAGAUCUCAGAGUAGAUUUUUACUGGGACAGAAGAGACUGCAGAGAAAGUUGCAGUUGACUCUUUCAAAGGAAAUUCAACAGUCCCCUCAAGGGAUGCAGAAUGCUACAGAUAGCAGAAAAUGGAAACGCUCACACUGUUCAGUUCAUAGAACUGAUCUCUACCCCAACAAUAAGCAACUCUUGAGGAGCAGAGUUUCAAAUCCUGUCAUACAAACUAAAGAGAAACAAAUUCAUGAAAACCUUACAGGAAACAAUGAAAAUGAAACUAAUUCAUGGACAGUGAUGCAAAGGAACAAACAUAAUACAUCAGGAACCAUUAAGGAGACAGAUGACAUUGAUGAUAUUUUUGCCUUAAUGGGAGUUUAAAUGCUCAUAUAUGAGACAUUUAAGUGCUUAACAAACUGGUCCAGUGUUCUGUUUUACGUGGAACUUGCUGAGUGGAAAGAUUUGGAAAUACUACUUGGACUCAGAGAGGAGCUUAUUUAGUGUAACGCUGUACAGCAGUAAUGUCAGUUCAAUAAAUAUUUAUAGUA